AUGGCUCCCAAAGUUAGCGGAAAAGGUCAGAAGAAGGCCGGAAAUACUAAGGGUCCGGUUAGCGCAAACAAAAAGAGGCACCGGCGUCGCAAGGAGAGCUACGGCAUCUACAUCUACAAAGUGAUGAAACAGGUGCACCCCGACACCGGAAUCUCGAGCAAGGCAAUGAGCAUCAUGAACAGCUUUGUCAACGACGUGUUUGAGCGCAUCGCCAGCGAAUCUUCUCGCCUCGCUCUCUACAACAAGAAGUCCACCAUCACAAGCCGUGAAGUGCAGACAGCAGUACGCCUACUUCUUCCCGGGGAGCUUGCUAAGCAUGCAGUCAGCGAAGGCACCAAGGCCGUCACCAAGUACACGACUUCAAAAUAG